CUUCGUAAAUCAGUAUCAAACGUUAAUAGCACCUGUAAUGAAAGGUAAUGUGCUAUAUGUGUUUUGUGCGCUAGCAUUAGCCAAUGUUCGCGGUACAAAUGACCUGGGCGACGCUAAAUAUCUCUGCUCAAGUGCCGACUCUGAUGGACAACUGAUCCCCCACGAGGAAUGCAACAAAUUCUACAAGUGCUCAGAAAGAGCAGCUGUUACAAUAACAUGCCCCGUAAAUCUGUUGUACAACUCCGACUUCGAAAUUUGUGACUGGCCAGAAAAUGUAGAAUGUGGUUCAAGAACUAUCGAAAAUAACAAACCAGGCGAUGGUAAUGAGAAUAAUCCUCCAGCCGAAACGGAUAAACCCUCCAUUAAUACCGACCCCAGCCAAGCUGUCGACAUUUGUGCUGCUGCUGGAUCCGAUGGCAUUCUCAUUGCUCAUAAAGACUGUGACAAAUUCUACAAGUGCUCAGAAGGUAAGCCUGUUGCUAUAAAUUGUCCGCUAAACUUGUUAUACAAUUCUGAGAAGGAAUACUGUGAUUGGCCUGAAAAUGUCAAGUGCGAAGCACCAAAAGACCAGGAUAAGGAUAAGCCUGUCGUUGAAGAAACUAAAAAUCCACCUGGUAAUGCCGACCCAAGCCAAGCUGAGAAGAUUUGCGCUCAAGCAGAUUCCGAUGGUGUUUUAAUUGCUCAUAAAGAUUGUCAUAAAUUUUACAAGUGCUCAGAAGGAAAGGCAGUUACACUAAGUUGUCCAAUUAAUUUAUUAUACAAUCCUGAGAUGGAAUACUGCGACUGGCCUGACAAUGUUCAAUGUGGAUCGAAAAUUGUUAACAAGAAAAAGAUCCAAUACGUAGCCGUCUAUAAACUGCCAGUUAAACCACUUAGCAACAGUGACCCAAGCCAAGCUCAAGCUAUUUGUGCUAAAUUAGAAUCGGAUGGCACAUUAGUUGCUCACGAAGACUGUAGCAAAUUCUACAAAUGUUCAGAACAGAAACCAGUUGCUCAAAGUUGCCCACUAGACCUACUUUACAAUCCAGAAAAGGAGUACUGUGAUUGGCCGGCAAACGUAGAGUGCAAGCAACUUGAACUGCAACCUGAAACACAACCUGAAGAAGACAAAAAUGAAGAUAAAAAUGAAGAAAUCACUGACAAUGAAAACAAACCCGCUGGAAACAUUGACCCUACUUUAGCACCAGAAAUUUGUGCUGUUUCAGGCUCUGAUGGCAUUCUAGUUGCUCACGAAGAUUGUGAUAAGUUCUACAAAUGUUCGAAAGGUAAACCCGUUGCUAUGAGCUGCGGACCCAACUUGCUCUACAAUGCUGAAAAAGAGUACUGCGAUUGGCCACAAAAUGUAAAAUGCAAAGUUGAUGUAACACAUGAAGUGUUCAAUGCUAAACCACCAGCUAGCAAGGUUGCUAAACCAUUCGGUAACAGCGAUCCUAAUCAAGCUAAGGAUAUUUGCGCUUCUGAAGAAUCUGAUGGUGUUCUAGUAGCUCACGAAGAUUGCGAUAAGUUCUACAAGUGCUCAGAAGGGAAACCUGUAGUACUCGUUUGCCCAUUGAACUUGCUAUACAACUCCGAUCUAGAAUAUUGUGAUUGGCCUGAGAAUGUCCAGUGUAAAUCAUCUAAUACCGAGGACAAGGAACAAGACAAAGAGAAGCCUGUAGUUGACAACGAAAACAAACCUACAGACAACAGUAACGCAAAUAAUAUUGCUCAAAUCUGCGCUGCUCCAAAUUCUGAACGACUUUUGAUUGCUCACAAAGAUUGUACUAAAUUUUACAAAUGCGUAGAAGGUAAACCAGUAGUUGUAAGCUGUCCGACACACCUACAUUUCAACGCUGAAAAAGAAUACUGCGAUUGGCCUGAGAACGUAGAGUGUAAAUAUGUAAAUAUUGAAGAGACUGAAGAUAACGUAGAAGAGAAGGAGAAAGAACAAGAGAAACCGGUUUCAGGCGGCGACAAACCGAAUGAUAUGUGCACAGCGCCUGAUUCCGAUGGUGAAUUAGUGGCUCAUGCAGACUGUGAUAAGUUCUAUAUGUGUUCUGAGGGUAAACCAGUCACAAUGUAUUGUCCCCAAAACCUUCUAUACAACCCUACCGUUAGUUACUGUGAUUGGCCUUACAACGUCGACUGCGGCAACCGAAAAAAAAGUUCUUAAUAUAAACGAAGCUAAAAAGAAACAAAAAAGAGAGAAAGAAGGACGGAUAAAAGGAGAAGAGGAGAGAUGACAAAGAUGUAUUCAAAAGAAAUUAAACUUCAAAGAACUGAUUAAAAAUUUCAAAAUUCAUUGUUUGGAACUCAAUAAAAUAAUAUAAAAA